CUCGAAGCGCCUGACGUCACGCAAGCUGAAUUGAUGACCGUUAAUUCAAACAUCUGCCUGUUUUUGUCGUGAAUUCGUCGGAAAUCAGCCUAAAUUCAGAAUGACCACGUCAGUAGCGUGUAAGGUGUCGUACGUGACUCCUCCUUCGGGUCAGUAUGUGUCCGAGCCUGUGAACGUGAUCGUUGGUCAGAAGGCAUGUGAUCAAGUUCAGGCUACCAGCUCUGAGAUGAACCUUUUGGAAAUGACUGAGGUUGAAUACACACACCUCCAGCACCUCAUUCAAUCUCAUAUGGAAGCUCAGGAUGGUGCUGAGGAGGUCAGGUUAAACCCUUCAUCUUCUGCAGACCACGAGAGUGAAAACGACUGCAUGGCGUGUCAGCCAGGUGCGUCGUGUUCCUCUUCCUCUUCCUCGUUACUGACGCAGUCUGUUUCGAGCAACCAACGAGCUGAUGACAGACAGGAAGUGUUUCUUUAUAGUGAUCCGAGUAGCAUAAGUAGUUUAGGAGAGAGCACUCCAACCGGCAGCGCUGAGAUUCACAGCUCUUUCCUGGCGAUGAAGAUGAGAUGUGUGAUGGAGGGGGCGAGGGAGAGAAGCGUUAGCCGAAGGGUCUUUCCUCUCAGUCUGAGACCCAACCCACCUGCACGGGUUUGCUUGGAGAAAAGGUUCAACUGCGCCUCGUGCGAUUCAACAAAAAAAAACGAGUCACAGGCUGCAGUAUUGAACACGUUUUUGUCAAUGCUCCAGAACUCUACGGACAUGCCGGGUAUUGUGAUGCAUUCACAGCCAGAAAAAUGGCCCAAAGCAGAGACGACUGCUGCACUAGGGUGCGCUUGUCCAUACAAAGGAAAUCACGGGGACGCUCAGUUCUCCCAGCAGUUGGAGGGCAGCAAACAACCUGAAGGCAUCACAUCCAAGAACCUACCCGUCAGUAAGAGCGCUGAUCCUGUGCCCAGAUCUCCGUCUAUCGUUUACACUGACACAACUAAUGAGGAGAAGGUCAUCAACAUAGAAAACGAGUUUGUGGGAAAAGCUGGAAAGCGAGUCAGGACACACAGAGGACGAGCUUUGCAAACACGGGACACCAACAUAAUGCAAGGCUCCGGAAACUGGAAACCAGUUUGCAUUAUGGGCGGCCGUAAACCAGGGCGAAGGACCCGACCUGCUGUAGAGAUUAUUCAGCGUAAAGAGAGACACAACCUCAAGGAGAGAGACCGCAGAAGGAGGAUUCGGCUGUGUUGCGACGAGCUGAACACGUUGGUGCCUUUCUGCUACGCCGAAACCGACAAAGCCACGACUCUUCAGUGGACAACCGCAUAUCUCAAAUAUAUCCGAGAGGUCUACGGAGACUCCCUAAAACAGGACUUUCAGAACACGUUUUGCGGGAAAACCGGCGUUCGGAUCAAGCCGAGCGGCUCCAACGAUGUCUCCGAGUACGAGAACUCGUCAUCAAAAGAGUGACUUUUCUGUGUACAGCUGUACAGCCACAGUCACAGCUGUAAUCCUUUCAAUUUAGCUCUAAUUAUAUUAACUUUCAUUAAUAUAUUUAUGGACGAUACAUUUAUGGAUUUAUCGUUUAUGUAUAUAAGAAUGUAAUUGGCUACAGUAGAGGGAUUAUAAAAGGUAAGUCAAAUUUUGCACUUCAGAUGUAUGUUUAAUGUUUUUCUGAUCAAAAAUGCAUUUAAUUUUUUCAAAUUCAUAGUCUUUAUAUAUAUACAUAUAAUUUGUAUAUUAUAGUUUAGAUUAGCCCAUAUCUUAAACUUAAUAUAUUCAGAGCUACACAUUAGAUCAGGUUCUAAUUCCAGUCUUUUUUUCAUAAAACCUGACUCGAUUGUGCUUUUAGACCAAACCAAUGUUUUUUUUUUUUUGUCGUCGUAUAGUUCAUUCUUCUGAAAACGACAUUUGUGAGUCGUGUUAAGGUUUUAAUGAAGUUUCCUGUUUGCAGCAGCUUGUAUUUCAGUGCAAAUAUUUAUCAAUACAGAAGACUAUACUGUAGCCUUGAUUGUUUGAAUAAAUAGUUAUGUAUACA